AUGUGUCACUGCCUUAAAACUUUGACAUCAGAUAAUGAAACUCGGGAUAAAGUGAAUGUCAAUUCUUCUUUUGUUUUGGGAUCAAUAUCUACUGGCAUUGGUUACUCCCAAGUAAAUGAACUAGCUUCAACCCUAAAUAUGCCACUAAUGACACUCAGUACUUUCAAUAAGUAUCAUGAGCAAGUUGCCAAUUAUAUCAGGUCAUCAGUUUGGCAAAAAAUGAGAGAGGCAGCAGCAGAAGAAGCUAAAUUUUCGACAGAUUCAGGGGACAUUGACGAAAACGGAAUACCUUGUAUAACUGUUGUUACAGAUGAAGCAUGGGGGAAACGAUCGUAUAAUGUGAACUACGAUAGUAUGUCUGGAGUGCUGGAAAUGUCUCACAAUAUUGCAGACAACUGCAAGCUAAUUUGGGAGGCCCAAUCCGCCAUCCCCAUUCACACGGUUUUAAUAAGGAGAGGGAUGGUGGGAGAGGCCUUUCCCACACCCUUUUUAAUGGCGGUGUGGGGUGUGGAGUUUGAGGCGGCUGUAGUCGGGGGAACUCUACAAAUUAGUUUGACCCUUUUAAAAAAAUGCAAGUCCACAUCCGAAAGAACCGUAUCCUAUUUGUUCAAAACUACUUACGAAGAAUUUAUUGCAAUAAUGGGAAAGCAAGCAUUAAGAGCUAUAAUCGAUCAAAUAAAUAAUAAUGAUGUUCAGUACUAUUCUAUAAUUGUAGAUUCUAUACCGGACUUAGCACACAUUGACCAACUAGCCAUUGUGUAAAUCAGAAAAAAAUCUGCAUCAGAAACCGAUAAACUGGAAGCAAAUGCUAAAGAACUAAGCGAAGAUAUUGAAAAAGAAUUUGCUGAAUCCAAUAAGCGCAAAAGAAAGAUAUUGCUGGCUAAUGAGGAAACUGCGAUGCCUAUGUUUAUUGGAAAAGCAAAAUUUAGAGUUGAAAUUAUCAACAGGCUGUUAGAUUUUUUUAUAGGCGACUUGCAUCCUCGAAGUUCUGUCUAUCAAGAUUUAACAGUUAAAUUAAAAUGUUUAUUUGAUAUAGGGGAUAUCUCACAUGAUGAUAUUGAUGCGGAGAGCUUUAAAAUACUCAAAGAAUAUUACAGCGAAGAUCCUGAAGAAAACUCAUGA